CAUUGGAAGCAGUCAUUUUUGUUAUGAAUUCCAAAUUCUUUGUAUAGAAAGUUAAUAAAAACAAAUAGAAAUAGCAUGGCUAACACCAUUCCUAUCUACACAAUUCACAACUCGUUUCAACUGCUAGCGGAACCAGUUCAUUUUCCCUUCUCCUUCGGCAACGAAAACUUCAUCGUCACCCAGCAGGACCAGCGAAAUAUUCUGGACCGCCGAACAUGGUUCCUGAGCACCCCCGUGUCCACCCUAUCAACCAUCCCCGGUCAGAACCUAUUCCCAGCAUCCCCCGACCAGCUUUCCCUACAGCAAUUACUUCACCAGCUGGCAACCAUCCUGUCCAUGCAUCAACACUGUUCAUAUCCGCAGCAGGGUAAGGCCAAUCCUUUUAAUUUCCACUACGAAAAGCAAACCUCAACCGAUGAUCUGCCGUACUAUCUGCGAAAAUCGGGCUUCGACGAAGCAAAACCUGGUGAACCGCCCGUGGUGAGGCAUUUCCAUUAUGUACUGAAUGGAAUGACCCGAGAUAUGGGAGUCAAUACCGAUGGUGCCGAAACGUUUGGUAAUCUUGGUACAGGAAAUAGUGAUUUUUGGAAUCCAUGGAAACGAGCCGCAUGUUGGGAAGAGGGUUCCGUUCUGCGACCGGCCGUCGUGGAGGUAAACAAGCACGGAGACGAACGGAUGGAUUGUGAGGAUCUCGGGGAAAAUACUAAUACAACAUCCGGUGAAGACGCAUAUUGUUUGAUGAAGAAACAGAAAGAAAAGAAUGUGCGGUUCUGGUAGUUAUGUAUGUUAUCUUACAAGUUUGAAUUCGAAUCAAUCCAGAUCAUGAAUCCUAAGAGUCUGUUAUCGGUAACAACACACAUUACUGAAACUCAUACAA